CUUCUAGUACUAUUACUCUAGCUUAGCUUAAUGUAUAAAGACCAGACCAUAAUGUCGUACGUAUAAUUUGGAGCUCAGAAUGUAACACUGACAAUUGAUUGAAAUUUUAUUGCAACCAUGUCCAUAACAAGAAGUCGUCCUCGACGCGGUUUCCUUCGUAUUUAAGCAAUUUAGCCUUUUUGCUUCUUGCUUUCAUCCUCCUUUAUCCACACCUUCUUUUUUUUUUUUCAACGGUUUCAUCCACUUCGAUGGCCAACUUUUCCAUCCUUUUUUUCGCCCUGGUGGCGCUUUUUGUAACCCUCGCCUCUGCUCAAGGCGGUGUCAGCAAGACUGGCAAGAAAGACGGUGAAGCCAUCUACAAAGCAACCAAACAACCAUCUUCUGGAACAUACAAAAUCAAAGCGUACGGCACAAGCAGUUACAUGAGCUACAACCCCAACGGUAACAUCGUUGCUCCUGGAAAGUCUGCUUCCCAUUGGACUUUGAAGCACCACUCUGGCUCAAAGUACUUCUCCCUCCAUAUCAACAAGAACACCCUCCACAAGUGCGUUUCCACCCGUUGGACCACCCAUGGUAAGGGCGGUGGUUAUGCUGAUGCUGCUGUCAUGUGGCAGUGUGAAGUCGAUGGCGACAGCUAUCACGGCAAGCGUUCUGAAAUCAGCAACUCCACCCACAUCGAAAAGCGUUACUCUAAGAUCGUUACUGAAAAGCAAGAAUGGGCUGCAGUCCCCGUCAGUGGAAAGAAGAACACCUACAAGCUUUUCAGCGCUUCUCAUCUCUACGACAUGGUCCCCCGCUGCAUCUCCCACUCCAAGAUCUCUGGCGGAACCAAACUCAGUACCUGCAAGGUCAACACCCGAUCCAACAGCUUGUACUGGACCUUUGAAAAGGUUUAGUUCAUGUCUAUCCCCUCUCUCCGUGCCUGGUGCACAAGCUGUCUUUUGUAGAAAUGAAAGUUUUCCCCCUUCUUGUAGUUCAUAAAUGAAAAAAGAAAAAAAAAGAACUUGUCCAGAAUGGCUACAGCAGCUACGUUCACUUUUUUGUGCCCAUGGCAUACACACCAUAUUGAUUGUUUGGCCUAUU